AUGCCUCUACAUGACCCUGUCUCGAUCGAGACAGGCCUUGUUGCAGGCUUCCCAUCAGAACACAAGCCCUCCGUCACCAUCUUCCGCGGCGUGCCUUUCGCUGCUAGCACGGCCGGAGAAAAUCGAUGGCGCGCUCCUCAGCCUGCAGAACCUUGGUCAGGCGCAAGGGACUGCACCCAGUUUGGGCCCAUCGCCCCCCAGCUGCCUCCUGGGCCGUUGUACUGGACAGAGGAGCAUCUCCAGCCGCGGCAGAGCGAGGACUGUCUGAACCUCAACCUGUGGACCCCUGCUCAGCCCGAGGAUCUGGGCCAGGCCAAGUAUCCUGUCUAUGUCUGGAUCUACGGGGGCAAGUUCCUGUGGGGUGCAGGCACAGACAAUAAUUUUGACGGGACAUCGCUUGCUGCCAAAGGGGUCAUCGUGAUAACCUUCAACUACCGCCUGGGCAUACUCGGCUGGCUUGCCCAUCCUGCCCUGUCUGCAGAGUCGGGACACAACGCCUCGGGCAACUAUGGUCUCCUGGACCAGAUCGCCUGUCUCCAAUGGAUCCAGAGAAACAUCAAGGCCUUUGGUGGAGAUCCAGGAAGGGUCACCAUCGGCGGCCAGUCAGCGGGCUCAGCCUGUGUCGGCCUCCAUCUCUACGGCCCAGAGUCCAAGGGCCUCUUCCACGGCGUCAUUUCCCAGUCUGGCACCCGUCACCCGCGCGAUCCUCUGAUCUCGUGCCUCGCCCCGUCGUACCGCACAAAAGACCAGGCUGAGUCCGAAGGAGAGAUGAUCCUCGCCGAGAAGGGCGCCAAGGACAUAUCCGACAUGCGUGCUAUGAGCCUUGAGAAGCUGCUCGAGGGAAAUCACCGCGACGACACGACCAUGUGGGGGCCACCACCCUUCUACCGUGCCUGUCUCGACGGCUGGCUGUUCCCUCGCACCUACGAGGACACACUUCUCCAGGGCACCAUGAACGACGUGCCGCUCCUCAACGGGCAAAACGCCGACGAGAGCGGCAACUACACCCACCCGGACUUCAACGACCAGGACCUCGACGAGGUGGCCAGGAUCAAGUACGGCCCGCUGUCUGAGCGCUGGUUCCAGCUGUAUGGAGACGACGGGGAGGGCACCACCGCCACUGCGCUUGACAAGUGGAACGCCGCGUGCCGCGAUAACUCUCGAGUCGGCCCGCACCUCCACCACGAGCUGUGGGCCCGGCACGCCAAAUCUGACAUCUUCAUCUACUUCUGGACGCACGCGCCUCCACCUCGACGAGGGUUCCGCACUGAUUAUCCUGUGCCCAAGGCCAAGGGCUAUGUUUUCUUCAACGGCUCUCGCACCGGUGCGUACCACGCUGCUGAGAUCCCGUAUGUCUUUGACUCGCUGUGGACGGCCCCAUGGGAUCCUUACACGGACGUGGAUCGGGGCGUGGCUGAUAUGGCCAGCGAGCUCUGGGCCAAUUUUAUCAAGACUGGGAACCCAAAUGGUGUAAAAGAUGGUGGUAAUAGGCACGGUGCACCACAGCUUGCGCCAUGGCCCACUGCUGCAGAGGACCCUGACCAUGUGAUGGAGAUAGGUAAGGAGAUGAGGCUGAUCCCGAAUGCGAAGAGCAAGGAGCGUGAAAAGUUCUGGAAGGACUACUUUGCGAUACAGAAGGUGUGGUGA